GGCGGGGACUCGCGCCUCCUAGGGUGUUCUUAGAGUCAGGCCCGCGCGAGAGGUGCGGACACGGGUCGUCGUUGUUGCCGCCUACGUCGCUGUCUAUCGCUGCCGCCGGCGGUCACCAUGAACCCAGACCUGCGCAGGGAGCGGGACUCCGCCAGUUUCAAUCCCGAGCUGCUUACACACAUCCUGGAUGGCAGCCCCGAAAACACCCGGCGCCGCCGGGAAAUCGAGAACCUGAUUCUGAACGACCCAGACUUCCAACAUGAGGACUUGAACUUCCUCUCUCGCAGCCAGCGUUACGAGGUGGCAGUUCGGAAGAGUGCCAACAUGGUGAAGAAGAUGAGGGAGUUUGGCAUCGCAGACCCUGAUGAAAUCAUGUGGUUUAAAAACUUUGUGCACCGAGGGCGGCCUGAGCCUCUGGAUCUCCACUUGGGCAUGUUCCUGCCUACCUUGCUUCACCAGGCAACUGAGGAGCAGCAAGAGCGCUUCUUCAUGCCCGCCUGGAACUUGGAGAUCAUUGGCACUUAUGCCCAGACAGAGAUGGGUCAUGGAACUCAUCUUCGGGGCUUGGAAACCACAGCCACAUAUGACCCUGAAGCCCAAGAAUUCAUUCUCAACAGUCCUACUGUGACCUCCAUUAAGUGGUGGCCUGGUGGGCUUGGAAAGACUUCAAAUCAUGCAAUAGUUCUUGCCCAACUCAUCACAAAGGGGAAAUGCUAUGGAUUACAUGCCUUCAUUGUACCUAUUCGUGAAAUGGGGACCCAUAAGCCUUUGCCAGGUAUUACUGUUGGAGACAUCGGCCCCAAAUUUGGUUACGAUGAGAUGGAUAAUGGCUACCUCAAGAUGGACAACCAUCGUAUUCCCAGAGAAAACAUGCUGAUGAAGUAUGCCCAGGUGAGGCCUGAUGGCACAUACGUGAAACCCCUGAGCAACAAGCUGACUUACGGGACCAUGGUGUUUGUCAGGUCAUUUCUUGUGGGAGAAGCCGCUCGGGCUUUGUCUAAAGCAUGCACCAUUGCCAUCCGAUACAGUGCUGUGAGGCGCCAGUCUGAAAUCAAGCCAGGUGAACCAGAACCACAGAUUUUGGAUUUUCAAACCCAGCAGUAUAAACUCUUUCCGCUACUGGCCACUGCCUAUGCCUUCCAGUUUGUAGGAGCAUACAUGAAGGAGACCUAUCAUCGGAUUAAUGAGGGCAUUGGCCAAGGGGACCUGAGCGAACUGCCUGAGCUUCAUGCACUUGCAGCCGGGCUUAAGGCUUUCACCUCUUGGACCACAAACGCUGCUAUUGAAGCAUGUCGGAUGGCUUGUGGUGGGCAUGGCUAUUCUCACUGCAGUGGUCUUCCAAAUAUUUAUGUCACUUUUACCCCAACCUGCACCUUUGAGGGAGAAAACACUGUUAUGAUGCUACAGACGGCUAGGUUCCUGAUGAAAAGUUAUGACCAGGUACACUCAGGAAAGUUGGUGUGUGGCAUGGUGUCCUACUUGAAUGACCUGCCCAGUCAGCGCAUCCAGCCACAACAAGUAGCGGUCUGGCCCACUGUGGUGGAUAUCAACAACCCCGACAGCCUAACUGAAGCGUAUAAACUUCGUGCUGCCAGAUUAGUAGAAAUUGCUGCAAAAAACCUUCAAACUGAAGUGAUUCACAGAAAAAGCAAGGAGGUAGCAUGGAACCUAACUUCUGUUGACCUCGUUCAAGCAAGUGAGGCACAUUGCCACUAUGUGGUAGUUAAGCUCUUUUUAGAAAAACUCCUCAAAAUUCAAGAUAAAUCCAUUCAAGCCGUCUUAAGGAAUUUAUGUCUCUUGUAUUCUCUAUAUGGAAUCAGUCAGAAGGCAGGGGAUUUUCUUCAGGGGAACAUCAUGACAGAGUCUCAAAUUACCCAAGUAAACCAGCGUAUAAAGGAGUUACUCACUCUGAUUCGCCCUGAUGCUGUUGCUUUGGUUGAUGCCUUUGAUUUUCAGGAUGUGACCCUUGGCUCUGUGCUUGGCCGCUAUGAUGGGAAUGUGUAUGAGAACUUGUUUGAGUGGGCCAAGAAAUCCCCACUGAACAAAGCAGAGGUCCAUGAAUCUUACUAUAAGCACCUGAAGCCACUGCAGUCCAAGCUCUAAAGUAUCACAAGGACAGAAGUUUAAUCUGCUCCAGAAAGCAGCUAUAUGCAACUCCCUUUAUACCUGAUGCACAAAUCUGUGUGGAAUCUUUAUCAAAUUCAAAUAGCUAUAUAGCAAAUGAUAAAUUGACCCCUUUCCUCUUUUUAUAAAUGAAGGGAAAAAAAUGAACAGAUUUCUGAGAUUAAAUGAAAAAACCAGAUGUGUUUUAAGUGCAAUUAACACUGAAAGAGAUCUGUUAAGCAUUCAGAAAAAGCUUAAGAAAUGCAGUAUGACUUGCAUUUGUAAUGCUGCUAAUCCCAGUAGGCCAUAACUUUUAAUAAUUAGCAGAGUUUAACUACUAAGUAGUUAAUUAUUUUCACAUUUUAAUUGCUAAUCACUGGCUAUAUAAGUGUUUUAAAGCAAAGGUAUUUUUGAAAUGGGGUAGAACGCUUCAAAGUUUUCCUGCUCAGUGUUCUACCAUUCCUACCAUGGGGGCUGGCUAAACAACAGGAGUGAAGAAAAGGGAUUCAGAGGAAAAAAACAAACCAGAAAACCUAAUGUGAGUUUGCAUUAGACAGAGCUUCUUUUCUAACUAUUCGUAGUAGCGUUUUUUCCAACAAGCGGACUUUUUUAGCACAGGCCUACUGCAGGACCAUUGUCUCGUGUAAUUAUGAAUUAAUCUUUCAUUUGAAGGAUCCCGAAAUUGUUGCUCUAGUAGCACGACAAGUCCCUUUUUCUCCCACUACAUACGACUUUUGGCAACUGCUGGGACCUCAGUGAGUGCUGUUUGAUCUCCGCCCUCCUUCUGUCUCUCCCUUUCCUGGAAGAGAUAGUAAAGAAAGGAGGGGGAAAAAAUCACAGUUCCUUCUUAAGAAGAACAAGUGUAGGGAGAGCUCUCAGCUAUGUGGUACUGCUGUAACUAUAGUAACGAUAUUAACUAGAUUUUCUGGGACAAGCCAGAUUUCAAAUAUUCUGUCAUCUUGGCAUUAAAAUACUUGGAGGUUACAAUAUUUGGCAUUCGAAAAAUGUCACUUUGGUCACCUACACCCAGAAAUAACACAAACAAACCCUCUGACACAAACCAUGUGUUCUGACUCUUGGUUCAGAAAAUAAUCAUUGAAACUAUGGCUAGAGGAUAAAUGAAUGUUUCUCAGAUUCCAUUUUUCAUUGAAUGUCUGGCUUUGUCUUCAGUAUAUUUCUAGGAGCUUAAUCUGAAUUGCUAAAUUGUCCUUUCAGUUGAAAUUUAAUUUAUACAAUCAUUCUAUAUUUAAAGCUUAAACAUGCCUCUUAAUUGUUUUCUUAAAAUCAAUGUAAAACAUCAUAAGUCACUUGAAUUUUUUUGGCCUGUUUACCUGUUUGUAUGUGUGACAUCUGCCUCAUGAAACCAGUUCUAGAAUCAGUCCUGAGAAUAUAAUAAAAUUCAUUGGAAACAAUUCCUGUCUUGGGACCUGACAUAAAAUCUAUCUCAGGAGAAGUGGUAAUAUGAGAUUUUUAGGUUACAGCAGAAAUACUGUAUGUUGACAAAGCCUUAAUCUUUCCACUGGGAGAACUAAUUGAUAAUUAACAUUGAAGAUUAACUCUGUGUUAAUCUCAUUUGAGUCUCUUGACAGUAGUUCAGAUUCUGGAAAAUAACAAAGUAAAUUUAAAUGGCUUAAUAUUGACCUUUUAAAUGUAGAAUUAUUUCAUAAUUAGUGUUUAAAUACCUUAUCACAGAUGAAUAUAUCUGUGGGCAGGAUCUGAGGAUAUUUGAAAUGAUACCCACCUAAUUCGUCUGCAUAGAUCUGGGAUCUAUCUUGGCAGGUUUGAAGUUGUAAACACUACAGAGCCACCUUCAAUGCAGCACCUUGUUUUAUUUAAAACCUAAAUCUGACAUUUGAUACUAUUUUUAUUAACAUUGGAAUGUUUUGUCUUGAACUUUACUCAUUGUAAUCAAAGAAUAAAAGUAUAGCAAAACCUCA